CUUUGGGUGCUUAAGUUUUAUGUCCUUCUUUUGUGGCACCCAAAAUCAUACACAGUGCUCGAGGUGAGGCUGCACCAGCACAGAGUAAGGUGAAUCAGCCUGAACUCUAAUUCAAGUUUGGCUUCUAAUAUGAAGGCUAAAUAUCAAAACAACACCUUAGAGUCAAGGUACCUAGCUGCACUACUUUUUGUUUUAUUUAUGUGUGGAUUUCCUGCUCUUAUAUAUGAUAUGUGUUGCAGUAGAAUUGCUCUGUUUAACAUGCAUAACAGAAAGCAAGGUGCUUGCAAUUGCUUUAGUUUUGCAGUUGAUUACCCUCAUAACAUCAUUUAAAUUCUCUAGAAUAUUUUUCUUGCUGUUUCUUUUCUUCCUGUCUGUUGCUUCGUGGCGAUCGCUUCAAAUAGAAAUGGAGAAACAACAAAGUGAAACAUCCAGCUGCACUUUUGGUAUGGUUGAUCUUUAUAGCCAAAAUUACACAGCUGUGAAAAUGACUGAAUGCAUGGAAUGCAUCAGUUCUUCAUUACUACAUUGAAAACAUUAAUAGCAGUGAACAGUACAGUAUUCAGAAGUACAGACAUCAUUUUAAAAAAUAAUGCAUCCAGGAAUUUUUCAAAAAGGAGUGUAGCAUUAGCUUUGGUACUACAGGGAAGGUAAGGUAACGCAAAGCCACAAUGUAGUUAGGUGCUUAUUAAGUAUAUUUGCUUCAUUGCCAAUGGAUUGUUGUGGGCUUUCUUGCUUUUAACUUUUCUUCUUAUUUUUAAAGAAAAAUAAAUAUAUGGAAAGAAAAAAGAAGAAGAUGAGGAAAAGAAAAUGACACUGUGAGUCUACAGAAGUAUUUCAGGCAACUCAGAAAAACUCAGUGGUUUGAAGCUUCAGGUCCAUUAAUAGACCCACUGCCCAGGUUGAAAUGGAUGCAUUCUGACUUCCAGAGGUGUUGGUGUCGCCUGAGCCAUGAACCUGUGGAUAGAAGGUAGUUCAUGAUCCAGUUUUGCUCCUGGCUUCAGCUGGUUAUGGGUUUGGAUUUGACCAUCCACGUGUUCCUGUUGCCCAGAUCCAUGCUUGUGUGGUUGGGGUUAAACAUCUUCCUCUUUUGGUGGUUCUAUCUUGCAUAUGAUCUCCCACAAAAUUUCUUCUACAGCAGAGUACUCCUUGGCCGUGCUUUGGCUCUGGCAAGAGCUCCUGCAGCGUGUCUGAAUUUCAACUGCAUGCUGAUUCUGCUGCCAGUAUGUCGAAACUUGCUCUCCUUCCUCAGAGGAUCAAGUGCGUGCUGCUCUACCCGUAUCAGACGGCAACUGGACAGGAACCUCACCUUUCACAAAAUGGUGGCAUGGAUGAUCGCCCUUCAUACUGCAAUUCACAUCAUUGCACACUUAUUCAAUGUAGAGUGGAGCGUGCAUGCACGUGUUGAAGAGGAAGGAACAUUGGCAGCUGUGCUUUCUAGACUUGGUGAUGGCCCAAAUGAAAGCUAUAUCAACUUUUAUAGACAAACUAUUCCGAAUCCUGUGGGGGGCUUAUAUGUGGCUUUCACAUACUUGGCUGGUAUCACCGGUGUUAUCAUCACUCUGGCCCUCAUACUAAUCAUCACAUCAUCCGCCAAAAUCAUCCGAAGGUCAUAUUUUGAAGUAUUUUGGUACACUCACCAUCUUUUUGUCAUCUUCUUUAUUGGCCUUGUCAUCCAUGGUGCUGGGCGCAUUGUGCGGGGACAGACAGCUGUGAGUCUGGCUGAACAUAUUCCAGAGAUGUGCUCUAAGAAUUUCACUGACUGGGGAAAGAAAGGAGCUUGCCCUGUCCCCCAGUUUGCAGGGAAUCCUCCUAUGACAUGGAAAUGGGUAGUAGGUCCCAUGUUUUUGUACCUCUGUGAGAGGCUGGUACGGUUUUGGAGAUCACAGCAGAAGGUUGUUAUCACAAAGGUGGUGAUUCAUCCCUUCAAGACAAUUGAGCUCCAGAUGAUGAAGAAGGGUUUCAAGAUGGAGGUCGGGCAAUACAUUUUUGUCAAAUGUCCAGCAGUGUCUAAACUGGAAUGGCAUCCAUUCACAUUAACCUCUGCCCCAGAAGAGGAUUACUUCAGCAUUCAUGUCCGUAUUGUAGGAGACUGGACAGAGGGCUUGUUCAAUGCCUGUGGAUGUGAUAAGCAGGAAUUCCAGGAGGCAUGGAAGUUGCCCAAGAUAGCUGUAGAUGGCCCCUUUGGAACCGCUAGUGAGGAUGUGUUCAGUUAUGAAACUGUUAUGCUGGUUGGAGCCGGGAUAGGGGUAACGCCAUUCGCAUCUGUGCUCAAGUCUGUCUGGUACAAAUACUGCCACGAUGCAACCAACCUAAAACUUAAGAAGAUCUAUUUUUACUGGCUUUGCAGGGACACUCAUGCCUUUGAAUGGUUUGCUGACCUCUUGCAGUCUCUGGAGACUCAAAUGCAGGAGAGGAAUAAUGCAGAGUUUCUCAGCUAUAACAUCUACCUUACUGGCUGGGAUGAAACUCAGGCCACUCAUUUUGUAAUGCAUCAUGAAGAGGAGAAGGAUGUGAUUACAGGCCUUAAACAGAAAACAUUGUAUGGAAGACCUAACUGGGAAAAUGAGUUCAAAACCAUUGCGAGGCAGCAUCCGGGUUCCAGAAUAGGUGUUUUUCUCUGUGGACCUGAGGGCCUCGCUGACACGCUCAGCAAGCAGAGCAUCAGCAACUCAGAAGCUGACCCACGAGGAGUACACUUCAUUUUUAACAAGGAAAACUUCUAACUCCCAGACACGUGGCAGUCAUUCAGUACAAAGUCUGAACACUGAUCUCUUUCUGUUUGGAGUCUGGGAAGGACAGCCCAGCUUCUAACUCAGCUACACUAACACAUAUCCCAUUGCUUCUUUGGAGUUAUUUUGAUGCUGUGGUAGAGUAAGAAUCAAGUUUCACCUUAGGAAAGUUUGCACUGCCCCCCACAUGCUGGCAAUUUAGCCGAAAUUUGUCUUCAUGAGGGGAUUUCCUCUCAAAUAACUGCCUUUAUCCUCCUGUUAUUCAUAAUGACUGCUGAAGGUUGUAGGCAGCCAUAUGCAUUUGGGAUCCAAUUCACAUUGAUAAAGCUUAAUGCUAUUAAACAAGAAAGCAUUCUGGUGUAAUGCUUGCUACUUAUAGACAGCUUACGCUGGCUAUUGAGAGUACUUUGAAAUAAGAAUUUAGGAAAGGGUGAAGGGGAAAGAUUUCUCCUUAAAACAGGAAAUCUGCUUUGAACACAAGCAACUCUCCAAAGACAAGCCUAACCACCCUGUCGAGGAGGUAGUGAGAGCAGCUGAAAAGCAGCCAGUUCUCUUUAGGAAAGCAGAGUACUGAAAAGGAGCCACCUGGAUGUCAGAGCACCACUGCCAACAUGCCACAGCUGCAGUCAAGUUUGCAGACAAGUUUGUGCAGCUAUCUGGUUGUAUGCGGCAUAUUUUACACCUCCAUCUUGCACUAUGCGCUACCUCAGAAGGACAGAUUACCAUUUGGUUAUAUAUGAAUAGGAAACUGCCGUAUGACACAUCUGAAAGGCAGGAAGUCACAGCUGGUAAACGCUAGUACAGAUCAACCCUUGGGGAAAUUUUCAGUUCUUUCCCUCAAAGGGGCCAUGUUUGAAUCUACAUAAUUCUGUUUGCAACCCACUUAUUAAAUGAGAACAGAGCUUAAGCGGAAUUAAAGAAGCUUCUUUGUUGGAAUAAAAUGAAUUGCUACUGAAAUGAUAAGGAUCUCAUGCUGCACAGGGAGCACUGAAAUAUUUGGCUUUGAUUUUAAUGAAAAUAUCAUCAGAA